AUGGCACAUGAUCCAACCUGGAAAGCCCAAAAAUAUAAGAAGCUCUUUCUUCCUGAGUUCCUUGGCUACAACUUAGCUGAAUGUGAUUUCAUAAUUGGUCCUGCUCUUGUUGGCCAACACUGGUUUUGCGUUGCCAUUCAGCCUAGCACAUUGGAUUUCCACGUAAUAGACUCCAUGAGGAACCAUUUCGGAACCAAGGACAGAAAGCAGAAGAAGAAGGUUGUCAUCAAAGACCCAGUGGAAAUGGCUGUGGAUGAUUGUAGGAAGAGGCUCAAUAUUAUACUGGACUUGGUCAAGCCAGGAUUGGUUGGGAAAAAGCCAAUGUCUCCUAUGAUAUUUGCAGCAGUUCCCCAGCAGAAUAACCUGAGGGAUUGUGGGGUGCACUGCAUGAUGUGGCUGAGAAGAUGGGAACCUGGUGUGACCCUUACCUACACAGAGGAAGAAGUUGCUGGCUUUCGUCGUGACCUGACAUGGUGGUUGGUCAAUCAUGAACAGAAUGAAAAACGUGACGAGGCAUUGGCCCUUAUUCGACAACCACAACCAACCAAGAGCACAAAGUCCAAGAAAAGGCGUCGGUCUUAG